UUAAAUCACAAAAGAAACUCGCUGUUUGAGUCACCCUCAGUUAGAUAAACGUGAUUUUAACGUGGUUUAAACUUUUUAAAAAUGUCCUCGACGGACCGACUGGACGUUUUACGAGAGCGUAACAAAAAUUUAUUGAAGCAGUUGAAGCAGCAGAGAGAGAAACUGGAGCUGCUGGGCGGCUGCAGUCCCAGCCGCAAGAGGGAGAGAGAGGACGAGGCUGAGGUAGGGAGAGACCCCGCAGAGAUCCGGACCCUGACUGACGGAGACCGCGGGGCUGCCAUGGCCGCACUCGCCAAACCUACCGUGAGAUUUGCGGAUACAUGCCAGAGACAAACAUCCAGCAUCCAGCGCACUAUUUCAACACCGUCUUUGAUUUCCAAACACAGAGGCGGGACUGUUGAGCAUCCAACAUACAGGCUGCGGGAAAAGAGGCCAGCCAGCACCAAGUCCUGUCUAGCAAAUCACAGCAAAGAGGAGAGGGAGAUGCAGAGUCGAGUCACAUUUCAGUCUGAUGAAUGCAAAGAGAUAUCUGUCUCCGAUAGGCGUAAUUUGAAGCCUUUACUGGGGUAUGACUGGAUAGCAGGAGUCCUGGAUGCUGAGGACUCCCUGAUAGAGCGCUCUGACGAGUUCUUCAAUGACCUGCGCAUGUUUCGAUCGCUCAAUAAAGACGAGUGUGUCCACAGCCCACAAGCAGAAUUUUCUGAGGAGAACCAUUCAGUCCUGCCACUGCUAACAGAUAAGGACGGUCCAGAGGCUAACAUGGACACUCAUCAGUGUACAUUCUCUUACAGGAUUAACAGCAGACUGUUCCCCGUCCCACUUCACUCUCAGGAGUGCUGCCCGGUGUGCAAAAACCACAAAUCCUCCCACCCUCACACUACUGCUGAACCAGCACUCAUCAGGGUCAGCAUACCUCGCUCCGCCCUCUUGCCACCUUACGAGUACAAAGCUCAUCGGCGAUGCAGUUUUGAUCCUUCUGAUAGUUUGGGGUUACCAUCGCACUGUCUUUCAGGCUGGUCGAACACAGGUCAGGGCACGCUGCCGCCACCCAGCGGCCUCGAUCUGAGGAGCAGUCUAAAUAUGAAGAGCUCUGCUGGGUCACAGAACAAAGAACUGGAGGGUCUCUCUGUGCCCAAAGUGUCCGGUAACCAGAUCUCAGAUAUGUCUCGCUUGGCUCGUCACAACCUCCAACACUUCUCUCCCAAACGAAAACUAGGAAGCACAUCUUACCCUUUGCACUGACAAACCAAUAAAGGCUAUUUUUAAGUGAUUGUAACAGUU